AUGGGAACUGAAAUUAUAGGAGUGUCGUAUGCGAUCCUCGUCAGACCGACGCUCCGAUUUCGUAUUCAGUCAUGUUACGUCAAACAAAGCGCUUCUUGUGAACAAGAUGCAAUAUGGCAGGCGGAAAUACUGGAGAAGAUGGACUCAAAAAACCACUACACCAUGUCAAUAGGAGCAAUGCUACACAAGUGUGAAAUUGAGCUGACACAAUUGAAAGAAGACCUGGCUUGUCGGCCACUAGACCUGCCAAGAUCGUACACACCGACGGCCACCGAUCCGCAUUCAGACUCGUCGGCCGCGUCCGUUCCGGCACGAAGAGAUCGCAGAGCGAGUACUCGGAAGCAUGCUCCAAUCAGAUUAACUGAAAUGUGGUGUUCACAGGAAACCGACGAAGGAACGAUUUUCGAGGAUAUCGAAGAUGAAUGUGCUGAGUCAUCUCAACCAUCGAGUAGCAGAGUUACAAAGAGCCCUAGUGUCCCACUCAAUAAGGUAGCUGCAUCACCGAGAGCCCGAUCUGUGAGUGGGUUCGGGAUGUGGCGUAGCAUCCGGCGGAAAUCUCGUCACGUCUCCACAGAAAGCGAGAGCGAUGGUGAUAAAAGCGUCGAGUUGAUGGACACACCUAGACGAGACGAUCCGAGCGUGCCCAACCGUACUCCUGCUCGUCGGCUAACAGAAGCGUUUGUACUUCCACUUCACGAGACACUCGACGCUAAUCGGCAACGAUACGUUUCCUUCUCAACACCGAAGAAACGAAACGGCCGAAGCGAUGACGAUGUGUUCCAGAUCACCGAACAGCAUCAACUAGUCUAG